AUGCUCAGUGCUGCUCAGGAUAUUUUGGAUGAACAAGAGGAUAAUGAUGAAUCUUCUGACAAAACUGAUAACAACUGUGCUGGUAAUUUUACUGAAAGGCCGUGUUCGAAGGUGUCUACUGGCGCUGUUCUUUUAGCAGAUAUAUUACCAACGUUACUUGUCAAAAUGACAUUUCCGCUAUUUAUGCAACGAAUUCCAUUCGGUGCACGACACGUUUUUAUAUGCUUUAUGCAAGCUGCAAGUUUUCUAAUCGUCGCAUUUUCAGCUUCUAUUUCGAUGUCAUUAAUUGGCGUAGUAGUUGCAAGUAUUGGUUGUGGAAUUGGUGAAAUCACCUAUCUUUCGUUGACACCGUACUUUGGCAGGAAUACCAUAUCAACCUGGUCAUCUGGAACUGGCGGUGCUGGUGUUAUUGGAGCUUUAGCUUAUGCUGGUCUUACCGAUGAACAUUUAGGCAACCUGUCACCAAAAACUACACUUCUGGUGAUGCUGAUAAUACCAGCGAUAUUUUUUGUCAGUUAUUAUUUGCUUUUGGAAUUCCCAUCGACGGUGUACCAAGCAAAACUGCUCAAACCUCGUUCGUGGAUUGUACCGUCUAACAAGAUAUCGCCUACCACACCAGACUUGUCAAAUCUCGAAAACAGUGAAAAAGCCGUUAAUGAAUUUAUAAAAGUACAACUGCAAAAAACAGAACUUGAUGGAUACGCAUCGAUUGGUGAGACUAGUACAGAAGUAACUGCGGUUGACGAUUCAGUGGCAGUGAAGCAACGUCAUCUGUGCAUGAAAGAAAAGUUUCUGCUAAUUUUGCCUCUACUGAAAUAUAUGAUUCCACUGAUGACAGUCUAUAUUGGUGAGUAUCUGAUCAACCAGGGAAUUGUACAGUUAAUCUUUUUUAAUUGCUCUCACGGAUGGCAUUUGUCUUUGUCAAGUCAGUAUCGAUGGUACCAGGUAUUAUACCAAGCUGGUGUGUUUGUAUCCAGAUCUUCUAUUAAUGUUAUUCGACUACCAUACUUUAUUAUGGUUCUGCUGCCCAUCUUACAGAUAUUGAAUGCAGUACUGUUUUUCCUUGAUUCACUGUACUUUUUUAUCCCACACAUCUGGAUACUAUUCUUACUGAUCAUUUUUGAAGGACUUUUUGGUGGCUCGUCUUAUGUUAACACCUUCGACCACAUACAUAAAAAAGUUGGGGUUUUUAUUCAUAGAUUUAGUGGGCAGCAGGAUUCUCGUGAUUAUAGAGGAGGAGAGGGAUUGCGUCUUUUUAUAAGGGUUAUGAAUUUGGUUGUUAAGUGUUUGUUUGAGGGGCAUGUUAGGGUUGCACCCGACGUUCGUGAAUACUCAAUGUCUGUUGGUUCGCUGGGUGAUUCAAUAGGCAUAGUAAUCGCUGGGUUUUUGUCGAUACCUCUUCAUAACUAUGUUUGUGGAACUAAAUUACCAAAACCAGAACGCUUUUCUUCAGCCUAA